AUGUCGUUAUUGUCUCAGCAGUUGAAGGUGAUUGGAGAAAAGAAUGCCUCUUUGGCUGUGGACAGAAAGUCUCGUCAGCAAAUCCAUUCCAGGUCAUUGCUCUUUGACGCUAAAACUGCAGCCUCCCAAGAUUUUGACUACAUCUUCCAGAUUGCCUCUGAAGGACUUGAGGAGCUCAUAGAGAUUGACUCGAGGUUUGAAAAGUUUUCAUCCACGCUUUUUUCGGAGGCGAGCAUUGAUUUUGACAGAAAUGUCAAAACUAAGGACAUUCUUGAUCCCGUGAACAGGAACUUGGAAGCUUUCAUGAACUUGGCUGCUCCCUACUACCAUUUGGCCCCCACUCUCAAGGCAAUGGAGUGGCUCGUUAGAAGAUAUCAUGUCAACAUUCACAACAGUGAACUUUUAUUUUUGUCCACGUUGUCUUACCACUCGCAACCUGUGUUCACUAGAAUCAUGAACGCCGUGCCUAAGGGAUCCAUGCCCCACAUUUUCUCCUGGAUAUCCCUAUACAAGGAACAGUCGAAACCUUUACCAGCUUCAUCUGUUUUAAAGAGUUUUCACAAUGACCCUGCAUUGUUCAGAUUAUACUCUGAAUACCUUAGAGAACAACUAAAGCAUAAAACAAUCUACAAAGAGCAGUUAGUAUUCUAUUUGUCUAAUACUGCUCAGGUGUUGGCAUCAUACGCUAGAAAUACCGAGAAGCUCAACGAUGAUUACAUUGUUACAGUUUUGGAAGCUGUGAAUGAUCUUUUACUUCCUCAGAAUCAUGAGUUCAAAUACUCAUCCACUCUCAAGGAAGACAUCAAAUUGACAGCUUACGGUAUUAUCUCAAUUAUGACGUCCGUGCUUCCAUUGACUGACGAACUCGUAUAUUCUUUGACCAUCUCCAUUUUGAGUGAUCCCUUCGCAUGGAACAACCUCAGGAGGCAAACAUUGGUCGUCCUCGGACAAUUGUGGAACUUCUAUAAUGAGGAUGACGUGAGUGAGGAGGCGGAAGUUUUUGCUAAUUUGAGCUCUGAAGUGCUCUUGAAAAAUGAAGAAUUGUUGCUCACUUUGAUAGAAGAAAGCUACAACAUCUCGAAGUUCGUCUUCUUUUUCGUGAUAGACAAAUUGAACCACAACGAUGACAAGGCAAUUCGCUUGUUGCAAUUCAUCGAUGUUCCAAAAAAUGACUUGUUCUUCUCCGUGGUCGUGAAGAAGCUUCUUCUUUACAUUACUGAGAAAUGUGUCACUGAUGAAGGAAGAGCUGGUGCUGUUAGCACGUUCGAACAGCUCCUCAAGUCUAAUAAGAGUAAGGUUGUCAAUGAACUCCGCAAACAGUCCAAGUCAAUAUCUGACUUGGAGAUGAUACUCAUGCAUACCAUGGGAGAGUCAGCAAACGAAUCUGCCUAUGAUGGAGACAAUGAAGACGUCGUAAUCGAGAACAACGCCGUCAACUCUUCAUCUGAGGCAAUAAAGUCGAAAGAAACUUACUUUUUGUCUACGGCGGCAAACUUCGAUUUCUUCAAGAUCGUUGAUGCUUUACUUCGUGAGCUCAAGGAGAUUCCUCAAAACAAACAAGUUUCUUAUUUUUUAAAGGCAUCGAAGAGGGCAUUUUUAAAUGACGUCGCCCAUGUAUCUUUUCUUAUAAGGUUGGGUUUCACAGUAUCUGUACCUUUGUCAUCUCGUUUGGUUGCUUUGGGAUGUACUAGAGCGACGCUUCAGCACCUCGCUGAAAAAAAUCAAAGCUUGAAUCUUUACUUAUUGGCGCCAAUUAUCCUCCUUGGAUUAAGUGAUGAAAGUAAGCCAUUUAGAGAUAUUUGUGUUAAUAUCCUUUUACUCAUUCAAAAACACAGUCAGAAAAUUAUAGCUAAAGGGAAGCAAGCUAACUGCACGUUGUUCAUGGAGUCGGAAAUAUACCCGAAUGUUGAAGAAGCCAAGAAGAGUCUUAUUUCCCCAAAUGACGCGAACACAAUGUUAAGUGUUUUACUCGAUGAUAGAGCCAUUAUUGACGAUGUUCGCUUCGACCAUUCUCGUGCCUCAUAUCUAUUAUUCGAUGUACUCUUCAAAUCGACCAAGGGCGGGAGAAAGUUUGGUUCUCUUCUCUUGAAGUCAUUCGUUUACGGGCAAUGGGCAUCUCCCUCAUGGCCACUUGCUUUCAAGCAUAGAGUAUGGCGCAUUAUCGGGUCACAGAACAAAAAGACCAAGGGAUUUGAUGACAGAUUCUACUUUGUAACUGACGCCAAGGAUCUUCUUCUUAGGCGCAAUCCAUGGAUUCAUGAUGCCAGCGCUGAGGGCUUGAACGCCAUCGACGACAUUAUGAAACCUGUAGCAUCUAUGGUUGGUGGACUUACAACAAACGAAAAGAAAAGAGCCAAGGAAAUUGAUUGGUUUGUCAGGGCAUUGAGCACCGAGGAUCAAUUGCAAGUGGUCGCCAAUGAAAGAGUACAAGAAAUUUUCCCACUUCUCAAGGUCACUGAAUUGAAAGUCGGGCUCUGCAAGGAGUUCAUCGAGCUUCUUAUCGAGGAAACUGAUUCAGUUUUGCAUUUCGACCCUCUUGAUACUUUGCAGGGGCUUGAAAUUUUAAAUGAAGACAUGGUAGCAUUGUUGAAUUCUGUGAACAUUGUCACGGAGGUACCUGAGCAGUCUGUUCCUAAGAGAAGAAGAAGAUCCUCUUCAUCUACUCAGAAAAACAUGGCGAGAGAUGAUAUCAACACAAUGGCAGCCGCACAUUUGAGGAAGUUGUCCGUUAUUCUAGAUGUACUCGAAACUCAGUUGCGCAAGUCACAAAGUUUGAUAGCUGACUCUGAUUUAUUACAGGUCCUUUUCAAGAUUUUGACCGACUUGGACUACUUGGGCAAUGAUGGCAAACUUCCUAUUCUUUACGCUCAAGAAACAUUGGCAUCUUGUAUGCAACUUUGCGUUGUAAAGAUCAAAGAAAGUCAAGCUAAGCAUCGAAUCGAUUCAAACUCGAUUAGAGCCGAUUUGAUUGUCAAUUCAAUUAGACUCUCGCAAUCCCCACAAGUGCAAAAUCGGUUAUUGCUCGUCAUCGCUGAAUUGGCAUCGUUGGCUCCUGAGAUUAUUUUACAUUCUGUAAUGCCUAUCUUUACGUUCAUGGGAGCACAUACUGUCAGACAGGAUGAUGAGUUUUCAAGUUCAGCACUUCAGCAAACGAUAUCCAAGGUAGUUCCCGCGAUCACGGCUGCAUCUUCAUCAAUUUCGACUGAAAUCGACUUUUUGUUGACAAGCUUCGUGACUGCCUUUCAGCAUAUUCCAAGACAUCGCAGAGUCAAGUUAUUUGUCUCGUUGGUGCAAACAUUGGGUCAUGAAAAUGCUCUACAAAAAAUUUUGUUUUUAGUUGGUCAACAAUACUCGGCUAACUUGGAAAAAAACAAGGUACAUGAAUGCAAUUCUUUGUUAGACUUUACGGCGGCUCUUUUAAAAACUUUUGAUGCCCAAAUCUGUCUAGAAGGCAUCAACAACUUUUUCAGCUUGUGGAAUCAAAUUCCCAAGGAGCACCUCAAUGGCGAUUCAGAGGAGCUCACGGCUUUGAGCAGCAAACCGAUCUUUGGAUCAGCUGUUGCGAAUGCUACUGAUGAGGAGUUGAAAACACUUAGAGUGAAUUUAUUGAAGUUCCUCAACCUUGUCCUUGGUACUGAUGAGGAGCUCUCACUGAGCACCAAUCUUGUGUCAUUGAAAAUGAAGGUAGCGUUGGUGUUGUUCGACGACCAAUCACCUAAAUCUGCAAAAGAAAUUAUCUUGAAGGACUUUAGCAGGGUUACUUCGUUCAUCUUGGCCUCAUUGGACUCUCACAGUGGUUCCAAGAAAUGGGAAUCUGAUGUUGUCGAUGAGUUAUAUGAAGCACUCAAAUGCUUGUUGAACUUACUUCCAAUGAGUUACUAUGUGACUUCUAUCGCAGAAUCAUUGAAGAAUGCAAAUGACGCGUUGUCGGUGACGGUUGCCAAAAAUUUUGCCAUCCUUGCUGGAACGAAAUUCGAAAACGAAAUGAACGCCAAUUCAUUCGACGAUGCUAUUGAAAGUACAGUUCUCGAAGAAUUGUUGCCAAUUUUGGUUGAAGGUUUUGAGAAGUACGACAAUGUGGAGCUUGUUCAGGCAUACUUGGACACAUUCUCUAUUAUCGUCAGCAAACUCGGACUGUCACUCCCUGAAAUUGCAUCAUCUGAAAACGCAAAACAUCUCAUCGGUACAUUGAAGGUGAUUACUUCUACGAAUGGCUUGUUAAGCAGCAACACAGAGAUCGUUGUUUCAUCCUUGAAUGCAGUGGCCAGUGUGGUGAAGAUAUUCGGUGUAAAAUGUAUCGGAUUUUUUCCCAAGAUCUUACCUCCAGCAUUGAAGAUCUGGGAAUCAACGGCUAGAAAGAAACACAACAACGAUGAUGAAGACUUUGACGAUGAAGAUUUGCAAGAAAAGAACAUGUUAUUGCAGGGUUCCAUCCUUAUGUUGAUAUCUGUUUUGGUAAAGAGACUUCCCGCCUUUGUUGUCACCAACUUGAAGCAAAUCGUCAGAGCCACUGUUGAAAGUGAUCUAGUGGACAGCAGCAUACGUUCCAAGGUGUUGGAAUUGAUUGUUGAGCACGUUGACAAAAGUCAAGUAUUGGUUUGCUUGUUGAAUUUGGCCCUCAAUGACAACUUUUACGCAGAAAAUGAUGCUAAGGAGCUAGGCUUGUACUUAAACAGCGUGAGGUCUUCUAUCGAUUCAAUUGAGAAAAAGAGUGCCACUGCAAACUCGUCACUUUUCAUGAAGUGGUUGAUUAAGUCUUUUGAGUUCAGGAACGAGUUCGGUGAGGACAAGUUUGAGGACAACACAAUCAAUAGUAUCGAGAGCUCGUUCCACCAAUGCGCAAUCGUUUAUGUCAUGAAGUUGAACGAUAAGAGCUUCCGUCCUUUGUUUGCCAAUAUGGUGAGAUGGGCCGCUACAGGAGAGGGGUCAAUAAGCUCCAAAAACACCGAAGUAACGAGACUCGUUGCGUUCUUCAAGUUCUUCAACAAGUUGCAAGACAGGUUGAAGAGUAUCAUCACGUCAUAUUUCUCGUAUAUGAUUGAUCCAACCGUCUCCAUUCUCAACAAAUUUGCAUCUGGUGAUUUGAAGGAGACAAAUUUGAGAAGAAUCGUAUUGAACGCCUUAGUGUCUUCCUUCAAGUACGACCAAGAUGAUUAUUGGUCCCAUCAGCUGAGAUUUGAGACCAUAAUUAACCCUCUUUUGUCUCAGUUGAAGAAUAUCGAGAAACCAAUUGGCAAGUACCUUGUGAGGGCCAUCACCUCGUUUGUCACUAACGUAUCGUCUGAAGAACACAACGAGAAGCUCGUUCAUGGGUUGAUUUACUACAUUUCAAACGAACACGAAAACUCCCUGAACACAAAGUUGUGGACUGUCCGAGUAUUGAGGGAGGUCUUUUUGAAAUUGGGCGAACAAUGGUUGACGUUCUUGCCUACCUUCAUUCCAUACAUUGCGGAGUUGUUGGAGGACGAUGACGAGGAUGUCGAGUUGGAAGUGAGAAAAGAUUUGGUCAGAGUGAUAGAGAAUGUUCUUGGCGAGCCGUUAGAACGUUACCUUUCAUAA